CCACCGUCGCCAUGCCGAAGCUGAGCAAAGAGGCGAAGCAGCGGCUGCAGCAUCUCUUCCAAGGCGGCCAGUUCGCUAUCCGGUGGGGCUUCAUCCCCGUCGUGCUCUAUCUAGGCUUUAAGAGAGGUGCAGAUCCUGGAAUGCCUGAACCAUCCCUUUUAAGUUUGCUUUGGGGAUGAAGGAUUUAACCAUAAUAUUCUGGAAGUAUCCUCUGAACAAAUAAAGUUGCUGAAGAUGCGUACAUUCCAUUUGUUGAGCUUUGCCACUGGCCAGCACUUCCCAGACAUCAUAGAAAAUGCUUACAACACCAUGGAAUUUCUGUCAAUCUAAUUUAUUUGUGUCCCACUUUCAUUUUCUACUGUUAGAAUAAAUAU